AUGGGGUUAUUUAAGGUUGUCUUUUUUACCAAUGGCAAAUUUGUAAGAGAUGAAGGGGUAUCAUAUGAAGGGGGCGAUGUUUUUGCUAUAGCUGGUCAGGACCCAGAUUUCUGGUCAUAUUUUGAAGCAUGUGAUUUACUUAAGUCUUUGGAUGCUUCAUUUAUAAAGGAAGAUGUGAAAAUGUGGUGGAAGUCCGAACAUGGCUCACUUGAAAAUGAUCUAAAACCACUUGUUAAUGAUGAGGAUGCAACAUUGUUAGCUAUGUGUGCUGAGGAAACAAAGUCUGAUAUUGAGAUAUAUACUGAGCCAAAAGACAAUGUUAAUUCAGAAGAUAGUGAAGAUAGUGAAUCAAGUGAAGACUCUUUGGAUGGAAUACAUUUUGAAGAUAGUGAAGAGGAGAGGAUGAAUGAUAAUGAUGAAGAUGUAGGUGAAGAGAUCAACAAUUCUGGUGCAGGUGGAGUGGAAAAUGGUGCAGGUGGAGUAGAAGAUGGUGCAGGUGGAAUAGAAAAUGGUGCAGGUGGAGCAGAAAGUGGUGCAGGUGGUAUACAUACAGGAAUGAUGACAGCAGAGAUGGAAAGGGAACACAUAAUUGAUGAUGACUACUUAACAGAUGAGCUUGAUAGUGGGGCAGAUGAUGAUAGUGAUGGUGGUAGGCCUUCAAUGGUAAAGUUUAGGGAUGAUGAAAAACUUAGAAAGGAAUUUAAGUUCAAGGUUGGAAUGGAAUUUUCAUCUCUGAAGCAAUUUAAAAAGGCUGUACUGGAACACAAUGUGUUGAAUGGGAGGGAAGUUAAGUUUGCCAAGAAUGAUGGGGAAAGGUGCAGGGUUAUUUGUAAGGAUAAACAACAAUGUGGUUACACUGUUUUAUGCAGUAGAGUGUUGAGAACUGAAUCAUUCAGGAUUAAGACUUUAAUUCAGAAGCACAAAUGUGGAAGGAAGUUCUUCAACAAGAAUGCUAAUGCUGAUUGGGUGUCUAGAAUAAUUGUGGACAAGUUGAAGAACAAUUCAGGUAUGAAAUUGAAUGAGAUUGUUUCUGAUGUUAGAUUGAGGUUUGCCACAGAAAUUACUGGAUGUAGGGCUUUCAAAGCAAGGCAAAUAGCUAGAAGGGUUGUUGAAGGUGACUCAGCCAAGCAGUACACUAUGUUAUGGUCAUAUGGAGCUGAAUUGAGAAGAGCAUGUAUAGGUAAUACAUUUAAGUUGAACAUUUCUGGUUUGCCACCUAAGUUUGAAAGGUGCUACAUGUGCUUUGAUGGUACAAAGAGAGCAUUCAAGAAUGGUUGUAGACCUUUCAUAGGAUUGGAUGGUUGUCACUUAAAGAACAAAUAUGGUGGAAUAUUGUUGAUAGCUGUCAGUAGGGAUGCUAAUGAUCAGUAUCUUCCACUUGCCUUUGGUGUUGUGGAGACUGAGUGUAGAGACUCUUGGAGCUGGUUUAUGAGGUUGCUUCUUGAAGACAUAGGUUCUGAUAAUAGGUGUUGCUUCAUUUCUGAUCAGCAAAAGGGAUUGGUGAAUGUAUUUGAGGAAGACUAUCCUGAAUUUGAGCACAGGUUUUGCUUAAGACAUUUGUAUGCUAACUUCAAGAAGAAGUUUGGGGGUGGUACACUCUAUAGAGAUCUAAUAAUGGCUGCAGCAAAGGCAACCUAUUUUGAAGACCAUGAGGCUAAGAUGAAUCAAAUUAAAGAGGCAAAUCCAGAUGCCUAUGAAUGGAUGAAUGCUAUUCCCAAGAAUAAGUGGUGUAAGCAUGCCUUUCCCUUCUACUCUAAGUGUGAUGUUCUUAUGAACAACCUAAGUGAAUCUUUUAAUGCUACUAUUUUGAUGCAAAGGGAUAAACCUAUACUAACCAUGUUUGAAUGGAUUAGGAACUAUCUAAUGGGUAGGUUUGCCACUCUUAGGGAGAAGGUAGAGAAUUACAAAGGAGUGAUUAUGUCUAAGCCACUUAGAAGGUUAGAUAGGGAGAUAGAAAAAAGUGCUAGUUGGCUGCCCACUUAUGCAGGUAGAUUAACAUUUCAGGUUACUCAUGUAAUGUUCACAGAUAGUUUUGUUGUGGACUUGGCAAAACAUACAUGUUCUUGUAAUUUUUGGGACUUGGUAGGGAUCCCAUGUAGACAUGCUGUUGCAGCCAUUCAUAGGAAGGUAGAUAACCCCAUUAACUAUGUACACAAGUGUUAUCAUAAGUCUACCUAUGUAACAUGUUACAAUGAAGUUAUCAGUCCUAUUAAUGGCCAAAACAAAUGGCCAAAGACCACUGACCCUGAAAUCUUGCCACCUAGUUAUAAGAGAGGCCCUGGCAGACCAAAGAAAUUGAGAAGAAGAGAGGCUGAUGAAGAAAGUCAAACAAGGUGGCAAAGGACUAACACAAGUCAUAGGUGCAAGAUUUGCUUUGAAUAUGGACAUAACAAAAGGACUUGUAAGAAAAACAAACAGCUAGCAGUUAUUGUUGGUGAAGUACCAAGAGAUGUACCAAGAGAUGUAUCAAGAGAUGUACCAACAGAUGUACCAACAGGUGUUGCACCCACCCAAGGAAGCCAAACACCUAAUGUGGGAACUUCUGGAGUCAAAAAAAGGGCUUCUGUGCAAAUAGGAGGGAAAUCAAAGAAGUCAAAGUCUACUGCAAAUGUAGGAGGGAAUACUUGA